GACCGCGCGGGCCCGGCCCCCGCGCCGACCGGACUUUGUCUUCGGGGCCCCUCUGCCCCGCCUGGCUUCCGGCGGACCGCAGAGGAGCGGCGUGCCUCUGCCGCAGGCCUCUCGCCAUGUCCAAGAUGCCGGCCAAGAAGAAGAGCUGCUUCCAGAUCACCAGUGUCACCACGGCCCAGGUGGCCACCAGCAUCACCGAGGACACCGAGAGCCUGGACGACCCGGACGAGUCGCGCACGGAGGACGUCUCGUCCGAGAUAUUCGACGUUUCCCGGGCCACGGAUUACGGCCCCGAGGAGGUCUGCGAGCGCAGCUCCUCCGAAGAGACGCUCAACAAUGUCGGGGAGGCGGAGACCCCCGGGACCGUCUCACCGAACCUCCUCCUGGAUGGACAGCUGGCAGCCGCCGCGGCUGCGCCCGCCAACGGAGGAGGAGCCGGCCCGGCCCGCAGCGUGGCCGGGGCUCUGGCCAGUACCCUGGCGGCGGCCGCCACCUCGGCCCCCGCCCCCGGCACCCCCCCGGGCGCGGGCCCCUCCGCCGGGACCGGGACUGCGGCCCCCUCGCAGCCGCCCGCCGUCUGUAGCUCCCGAUUCCGCGUGAUCAAGCUGGACCACGGCAGCGGGGAGCCGUACCGGCGUGGCCGGUGGACGUGCAUGGAGUACUACGAGCGCGACUCGGACAGCAGCGUCCUGACCCGCUCCGGGGACUGCAUUCGGCACAGCAGUACUUUCGAGCAGACUGCGGAGCGGGACAGCGGCCUGGGCGCCACCGGCGGGUCGGUGGUGGUGGUGGUGGCCUCCAUGCAGGGGGCGCCCGGGCCCGACUCGGGCACUGACAGCUCGCUGACUGCUGUGUCACAGCUGCCCCCGUCGGAGAGGAUGAGCCAGCCCGUCGCGGCCCCGCCGCAGAGCUUUGGCGUUGGGCAGCCGCCGCCGCCGCCGCCCGUAGGUGGGGCUGUGGUUCCAGGCUCGGCUCCACCGCCGCCGUUCCUGGGCGCCGUGCUGGCCGCGCCGGGUCAGCCGGCUGGAGGGCCCCCGGCUGUGGGAGGUGCGGGGCCGCCCCUGUCCGUGCCUCCGCCGCAGAUGGGUGGCGGCGGGGCGCCGUCAGCCGGGCCCAGUGGCCCUCACGCCGUGGUGCCCGGAGUUCCAAACGUGCCUGCAGCCGUGCCCGCUCCAAGCGUGCCUAGUGUGUCUACCACUUCUGUUACUAUGCCAAAUGUCCCCGCGCCUCUGGGCCAGUCGCAGCAGCUGAGCAGCCAUACGCCCGUUAGCAGGAGCGGCAGCAUCAUCCAGCAUGUGGGGCUGCCUUUGGCGCAGGGCACAGUCAGUGCACCAACAAGUCUACCACAGUCUGACCUAACCCAGUUUCAGACUCAGACCCAGCCUCUAGUCGGGCAAGCUGACGAUACUAGAAGAAAAUCAGAACCCCUACCUCAACCGCCACUUUCUCUCGUUGCUGAAACUAAGCCUGUUGUGAAGCCUCCUGUUGCAGAUGCCCUGGCAAACCCCGUUCAGUUAACACCUAUGAACAGUCUCACCACCUCUGUAUUCAGCAUAGCUAUUCCUGUUGAUGGUGAUGAAGACAGGAAUCCUUCAACUGCUUUCUACCAAGCGUUCCAUUUGAACACGUUUCAGGAAUCAAAGAACCUCUGGGAUAGUGCAUCUGGGGGAGGUGGUGUAGCCAUUGACAACAAAAUAGAACAAGCAAUGGAUCUGGUGAAAAGCCAUUUGAUGUAUGCAGUAAGAGAAGAAGUGGAAGUUCUAAAGGAACAAAUAAAAGAAUUAGUUGAAAGAAACUCUUUACUUGAACGAGAAAAUGCACUGUUAAAAUCUCUUUCAAACAAUGAUCAAUUAUCCCAACUCCCAGCCCAACAGGCCAAUCCUGGUAGCACUUCUCAACAGCAAGCAGUGAUAGCACAGCCUCCGCAGCCAACGCAACCUCCACAGCAGCCGAAUGUCUCCUCAGCAUAAAGCUUUCUUGCCUCAUUAAGACAAAACUGAAAGCAAUCUAUCCUUGUGUGCCACUGGUGUUCUUUCCACUUUAUAUGAAAGCAAGUAGCCAUGCUUUGGUUGUGUGUUUGGCCUUUUCAGUAUUAGACAAUCAUUCUACAGAGCUUUUCCUCUCUUUGAGAUGUCAUGCAGCACUAUUGAUAUCCAGUUCUAUGUCAUCAGUACACAAGGAGAAUAAUAGAUGGGGUUUAUUAAAGGGAGCAAAGUCUGCAUUUUACCUGGUGCACAUGAGUGAGGUCUUUGAAGAGCUUUGGUGGCUCUCCCAUGUUUCCUAUUACCCAUGGAUUUACCCUGAGCCUUCCUAUCACAUUAUAAAUAACAGUUCAUCUAAAGAGCCACUUUUCUUUGAAUAUCAGUAACAUUUGCCUAUAUAAGUUUUCAUUUAUUUGUGUUUUAUUUAUUACAGGGCUGCUAUUUUCAUAAUGUACAUGAACAAUGUCACAGAACUUUUUAAAUUUUUUUGAAUAAUUAUAAAUAUCAGUAAAGGAAUUGAAAGACAGGAUUGCAUUUAAUAGAUAAAACGUUUAGGCAAUAAUUGAACAAAAGAAUCCUGGCAUAUUUCUAACACUAAUGGCAAUUGACCUUCGGUAUUUAUUUUCAGUAGUAAAGACCCAGCUUGAAUGUAAAUUUUGUAUAGUGUAAGUAUGAAGAACAUAGUGCAACUGUACAGGUAGUCACCAGUUAUUGUGAUAUAAUAAAUAAUUGGGCUAUUUUGAUGAAGAAAACUUUGUUCAUUUGUUUCUACUUUCUAAUAGAGAAAUUGCCACGAUUCCUCUGCUUUUUGACAUUUCGUAUGACUUUUUUUUCGGGUGGGAAUAAAAAGCUGUGAAAUUGUUCAACCUACUUUGUAACCAAAGAAGCAAAGCUGUGUAAUGGAGUUUUUUUUAUAAUGCACAUUCUUUAUGUAUUUUUAUUUAGUGUUUUCUCAGUCACAGUUUUCUUUGCUGUCUAGCAUGAUCUGCAUGACCUAUAAUCUUUGAACCACUUUCGUACCUCAUGUUUUUAUCCAGCACUCUUAUUGUAAUACGUACUAGUCUGUGAACAAUGUCAAAU